GUAAAACUGUAUAGCCUAAUCAGCCACGCGAAAAACUAAGCUGCUGUCCAAAUACCUGUGCGAGCGCAAUCAGUGCUGCCGCAGGUGUUAUGAUGAAUUUAGGACGGGGAAUUAUUCCCAGACGGUCCUUACACUCUCGUGGUCACAGCUUUAAUUCCGGUGCUCGUUGAUGUCGCUCCUUUUCAGGUCAUGUUUGUGUUGUUUUGCCUUCUUUGGAGACUGUUUCACGGUACCCUGGGAGGCCCGGUUCAGCACGUGACAUGGUCGGACCAGGUAAAUCAGGUUCAGGUGCAGCCCCACCAGGGCGCAGCCCCGAGUCCUUUAUUUUACCAGCUGCCCAUGUUCCUGCACGCCCCGGGGCCCCUCGUGUCACCGGAGCUGUUCCGUCCUGUCCCUCGUCAAAUGGCGAUUUCGUCCGGGAUCACUGCGCUGCUGUUACCGCAGACGAGACAACACCAAGAGAUGGAGGGCACGGACGCACGCGCCGUGGAGGUGUGGUGCGGUUUCAACGCCGUGUCAGUGCGCGUGGACCGCACGCAGCUGCGCGCGUGGACCGUCCCAUCCCUUUUCCGACUGGGCUCGUGUGAGGCCAGCAGGGUCAGCCCCCGUUUCCUCGAUUUCCACUACGGAUUAACGGAGUGCGACGGACAAGUGCAGGUUUUUGGUGGUCAGCUGGUUUAUACCCAUUUACUGCACUAUACCCCAGCUCCAGACGGAUAUGUCAUCAGGGUUCCACCUCUGAAAGUUCCCAUCCACUGCCAUUACAACAGGUUCCAUUACUCCUACCAAGUUGGCUACAGACCUCAAGUUCAGCUGACGACGUUGGUGAAGAAUAUUCAAAGUAACCGCGUCUUCAGCCUCACUGUCUGCAACGCCCAGUGGGAGCCCGUCCUUCCAGACCAGUGGUUUCCUUUGGGGGAGCCGGUGUAUUUUGUGGCCCAGGCAGGAUUUCUUUUGCCUGGGGAGAGGCUUUAUGUGGACGCGUGCUACGCUACAAGCUCCAAAGACCCAGAGGACACGCUCAGAGUGGAUAUUAUCACCAACUAUGGCUGUAUGACAGACAGCAGGAGGGAAGGGAGCAGGUCUCAGUUCCUGUUUAGAGGGGGCAACGUGCUAAAGUUUUCCAUCGAUACUUUUCUCUUCAGAGCAGCGUCUCCAGUGCAGUACCUCCACUGUUCUGUGUCUGUCAGUUUCACCAGUUCUCCGACCGCAAAGUCCUGCAACUACAACCAGGCUGCUGGCUGGUGGGAGGAGUUGAAAGCCUCACCCUCACUGUGCUCCUGCUGUAACUACAUCUGCAGUGACACACAGCCUGCUGUCAACACCGUCAGCAGUUCAGGCUGGUUCGUUGACCAACGCGACAAAAUGACACCGAGGACAAAGAUGGCGCCUUUUCAAACGGAAGGAGAACUGGAAACGGUCCAUCCAGAAGAGGAGAGGAAAGAGACGAUUGAUGUGCACCUUAAAGAAAAACAUACUUCUCCAUUCGAGAGCCACAUUAUCAACGAGAAGGAAAAAGAACGAGUCCUCGCUGAGAAAAAGGACUGGAUGCCAGGUACAGUCAGCCCGAUAGAAAAGACAGGAAGGGAGAGGAGUGACUCAGACAUUGUGGCCAUGAAGGCAGGAAGUCAGUGGACAGAAUCUGAGACGUACGGCUUUGAUAUGUCCGAUGAGAUCAGACCUCAUGAAAAGGAAACUCCUCAGGGAGCCAGGGAGUUGAUGGAAAAUAUGGAUUCUGUGAAUGGUUUAUCCAGGGACAAUGGUACUAAUGAUGGUUCUGGAGCUCCAACUAUCACAAGAAACAACAGUACAAAAUAUAAUGCAAGCAGUCCUGGUUCUACUGAAGAAGCUCCUACAGCUGUAAUUACUGCCAGUGCAUGUUCUAAUAGUGACCAAAUGAGCUGUAGUUCUACUCACGGUGCAGUCCAGCAGGAAAGCAGUGGUGAGCACGGUACCACCUCUACCAGUGGAGUUAAUAAUGUAUCUGAUUCUGCUGAAUAUAAGAGUCUGUCUGGGAGCGGAUUAACUGGCAUUCAUUCUUCUACUGGUGACUCUAAAACCAACUCAGGGGUGAUCAGAAAGGAGGUGGAUGGGUCUAUUAACAAGUCUGUGGACGUGAUGUCUGCUGAGAGGCAGGCAGGUUAUUCCAUUAAUAGUGAAGGAUCAGGUAGAGACGGUCUCCUGCAGAUCAGAGGGUUAGAAUCGGGCACGUCUGCGCAGGAUUUUGAUUCUGGAGUUGAAGAAGGUGACGGUCUUCAUCUGAGUCAGUUUACUGGUGGAUUAAAGACAAAGGGACAAGAAUAUUCUGAUGGUAUUAUGCAUAAAGAAACACCACACACGGUCACCACCUUGCAAGGUGGAUGGGCCCUGCACAGUUUGGGUUAAAUGAGGGUUGAUAGGAUUGUUUCUUUGCCUUAUUCUUUGUCACCACGAUCCACAGAUUCAGAAAACGUCAUGUUAAUAUUCUGGCCUGUUGAGUUCACUUGCAUGGGGUCGUACAACUACUGAAGUAUUUUAUGGAGACGAGGAGCAAAGAGGAGGUUUUAAAGGAGAAAAGUAAGAUCCAGAAAGUUUUCUCAUUUGUCUCUAAUUUUUAGUCAGUUUCAUUAGGAUCCCAU